UCAUUCAUUCAUUGAUAGCUCUAUACCCUGUUAUUGUGCGAGAACGGACCUAUGGGUCCUUUUAUGAUCACCAUCCAAAAGAAAGAUGGCUGCGCCCAUUGAAUUUAGGUGGAACACAUUUACGGAAGAAUAUCCGACUCAAACUGUCCUUACAGUUUGGAAAAAGAAGCCUAAGUUAACGGAUGAGGGUGCUAAAAAGAUCGAGUUGAUGACAAUGUUCAGUGAAGCAAGCAUGUUUUUAGAGCCAGUCUUCAAGACAUAUUUGUCUGCUGAAUUAGAUACUUUGCAAAAAUUCUUGUACAAACUUAAAAACCAACAAAGAAAUUGGAAAUGGUUCAAUUUACUACAAAAGAUUCACAAGACUUUAAAGAGAGCAAAUGAUAUUAAACUACACGAGUUCUUCAAGAAAAUGUCCUCAGUAUGUGCAAUUAAGGAUGAUUUGAGUGAUAUGGAGAAACUUCCAAAUUGCAAAACCAUCAAGGUGCUUCUGGAGAAAACAGUUGGAUUGUCCAAACUCUGUACUUGCAUCUUAGAAGAUAGCGAGUACACAUUUACUCUGAUUGUUGGGCAUGUUCAGGUUGGUCAAUUUCUAUCACAGAACUUGAUUUUUGUAGCUAUCAUCAGCAGAAUAUGGGUUCUUGUGAGGGGAACUUUGAUUAAACUUUUUUCUUGGUAUAAGUUAUUGAGAAAAUUGAGUGUGCAAGAUAAGCAAUCAAAAUACUACAAGAUGUUUAAAGAAUUGCCUAAAUGUUUAUCAGAAUGGGUGGAAGUAGAUGUUGCUUGUCUGAAAACCAGAAAUAAGAAAAUUAAGAAGAAAUUGAAGCCAGACACUCUCGAUAAAAUGUUUGGGAGUUCCCCAACGUCAUCAGACACUCUUGAGAACCUAAGAAAUCUGGAGUCAAGCAACAAAGAGGAUUUGUAUGAUUCAAUGGCAGCAUGCAGUGAGAUAGAUCUAGGAGAACCAAUAGUAACUGCAGAUAAUGGCAGUAUUAAUCCAAAGAAGAAAAAAAAGAGGAAAAAGAAGCAUUUAUUGCAUGAAGAUGUUGACAACCUUGUGAUGGUUAACAAGAAUAAAGAUGAUUUUGAUCCAAUCCAGGAGAGUUAUGAAGAAGAGGUGUCUUUAGAAGAUCAUACAGGAGUUGCUGUUUCAAAAAAGAAGAAAAAGAAAAAGAGAAAGCAUGUUGUUGAUGAUGGUAUCGGAAGUCAGCUUUGUGAUUCGCUGCCAUUCCAAGAGAGACUGAAAGCACGGAUAU